UUUAGUAGUAUAUAAACACUGAAUUAAAGUAAAACGAAUUAUUCUGUCGUCAAACACUAUACAAUUACAGUCUUUGAAAAAUCGCUCCGAUUGCGUAUAAUCAUUAUAAUAAUUCAUCGUGAACUCUUAUAUUAAUAAACUUUAUUAAUUUAUACUUUAUUUAUUAUUUAUUAAUACACACGUUAUUAAACCCAAAAAAAAAAUGUUCGCUUUUAAAGUGGCGUGUCUGUGUUUGUCGGUCGCUGUCGUAUUCGGUGAAAAUAAUCAACAAAACUCAAACGAUCGAUCUGCCUCUAUAUUCCAGAGUUGCAUAUCGGAAACAAAGUUGUCCGGCGAUGCACUCAAAGGGUUCCGGUCGAUGAGUAUACCAAAGACACAAGCCGAAAAAUGUAUGAUGGGUUGUCUAAUGAGAAAAGUCAACGUGAUUAACAAGGGAAAGUUUUCGGUUGAAGAGGCAACUAAAGUGGCACAAAAAUACUACGGAACUAACGAAUCGAUGAUGAAAAAGGCAAAGGAUCUAAUCGAUGUUUGCGCAAAGAAAGCUCAAUCGACGACUGAAGAGUGUGCGUUGGCCGGAAUUGUGACUACUUGUAUCGUGGAAGAAGCUCAAAAAGCUGGCUUAACUGGUGGACCUGGCAGCCGUUCCAAACGAACCGUUUCACCGAAAUUCAGACACAGCAUCGUAUAAACUAUUUACGUCGUUCCUAUGAUUAUUUAAACGCUAUACGCCUAAAACUACUAAGCUAAUUAAUUUUAUACCAAAUAAUCUUGUGCAUGUUUACUUGGCCGUCAAUAAAUAUAUUAUUUAAAUUAUCAUAA